CUCGCUUGAGGACGGAGACAAACACUUCACCACCCUGCUUAAAUUUCCACUCUCGCCUUCCCGAUUGCAGCGCAGUUUGGAGAAAUGGCGACAAUUCCCAUGAGAGUUGGUGGGUUUUUGGCAAUUUGGGCUUUUCUCUGCAGUGGGGUGUUUGUGGGUGUUGAUGGGUUUCAGUGGAGGGACGGGGAUUCUUCCUCGUUAAUUCGACCUGCGACAGAGAGGCAGGGAGAAUUAGCCGAAGGGAAGCUGGAUGUCGACCCGCAUUUCAUUGAGAGCCUGCCUGGGGCGCCCCCAGUGCCAUUCGCCAUGCGCUCGGGGUACAUUACAGUGGACGAGAAGGCGGGACGUGCCUUGUUUUAUUGGUUUGUGGAAGCGGAUGUGGCGGAUUCUGCCUCGGCGCCCCUCACCUUGUGGCUUAAUGGAGGCCCUGGAUGCUCGUCUGUCGGUGGAGGAAUGCUGAGUGAGCUGGGACCGUUUUAUCCAACGCCCAAUGGACGUCAUCUGCUUAAGAAUCCGUAUUCAUGGAAUAAAGUUUCGAACAUGCUUUUUCUGGAGUCUCCAGCCGGAGUAGGGUUUUCUUAUUCAAAUACCACAGAUGAUUAUCGUACUGGUGACCAGCAGACUGCUCAGGAUUCCUACAUUUUCUUGCUUCGUUUUUUUGAGCAGUAUCCUCAAUAUUCCUCGAAUAAGUUCUACAUCUCAGGCGAAAGCUAUGCAGGUCAUUACGUUCCCCAGCUGGCUGUUGCUAUUUUGGAGGGCAACAAGGUUGUCUCAAACAAGAAGAUCAACUUUAGGGGGAUGGCAGUUGGCAAUGCAUGGACAGAUGCAGCUGCAGAUAACUUUGGAGCAAUAUUUUACCAGUGGACGCAUGCUCUAAUUUCUGAUGCGUCAUUCAACGGCGUCGUAAACAAAUGCAAUCUUUCGGCUAUGCUAGUUGAUGAUGACGCAUUUCAUGGCGUUUUAAAAACUGUGGGCACUGGUUCAUCUGUCGAACCCCUUGGAAGUAACUCAGUCGAUGAGUGUAACAAAUAUGUGAGAGAUGCGAACAAUGAUAUGGGUGACAUCAACAUCUACGACAUAUAUGCAGAUAUUUGUGUAUCUGCUCAUGCUCAGGCUGAAAUACGUCAACUUGCCAAAAAGUUGAGCCAAAGUCCUUCUAGUAGACCUCUACUGAAGACCUCAUAUGACCCAUGUGUUGAUGAUGAGGUGGAGGUUUAUUUAAACAGACCGGAAGUACAGAAGGCCUUGCAUGCCAACACUACACUACUUCCUUGGCGGUGGACUGACUGCAGUGACGUAUUGAAUUACUCGGAUGACGACGUUUUGUUGAGUAUCCUCCCCCUUUACCAUACUUUGCUGGAAUCUGGCAUUGAAAUAUUGAUCUUCAGUGGCGAUAUUGACGCCAUUGUACCCGUCGCUGGCACCCGCGUCUGGAUCAACACGCUGCCAUUGAACAUCACGGAGGUUUGGAGACCAUGGACUUUCGAAAAUCAGGUCGGAGGUUACGUUACUGUAUAUGAUAAACUUACAUUUUCGACGGUUAGAGGCGCAGGGCAUAUGGUGCCGUACACACAACCAGCCCGUGCUCUGCAUCUGUUCCAGUCUUUUAUCAACAACAAGCCCUUAUAAAUUCAAGAUUAUGAAUAUCUCUAUAAAGAUGUAGAUGACCUCAGGUUUGGCGUCACGCCAAGUUUGUGCUUGUGUAGAAAGGACUAGUAUGCUGACGGUGAAAAGGUUUUUUCAUCUCCGCUGGGAGCCUGGUCGUUCGUUUUUGUUGUAGAAAUAUUCUAUAGUUGCAUAUCAUUUGACGACAGACCAAGCAUCCCAGCUAAGAAUUGGUUUUCUGUAGUUUCAGCUCUCUUCGCUUUCCACCGAAGAAUUGCUAAGAUUAAUGAUAGAUGACGCAGAUAAUCUUAAUUGUGUAGUGGAUGCCUGCCAUUGUAUCCGAUUCUCCAAAAACAAAUUAACCAAGAAAGCAAGUUGAUUUUGAUAAUGAUUACUU